AUGUGUGUUGGGAAGUGCAGCCGGAUCGUGGGUCCCUGUCUGCUGGCGCUGGGCACGCUCUCCGUGGCAGCUAACAUCCUCCUCCUCUUCCCCGGUGGGACAGCCAAGUACCUGGUGGAGGGGCACAUCAGCAAGGACGCCAAGGUCAUGGCGGGCGUCUGGGGAGGCGGCAUCACUCUCCUGGGCGCCGCUGCCUGCUUCGUCCUUUCUGGGGUGGGUUUGACCAACGGACCCCUCUGCUUCUACAACGCCUCUGAGCACGGCCGCGGGCAUGGCACCCUCUGGGGUUACCCCUUCCUGGACUCCCCAUCGCACAGGGCGGAGAACUACCUGUACGACCGCAGCGCUUGGAGCAUCUGCCUGGAGCCGGCAGGUGUGGUGGCCUGGAACGCGCCUCCCCCCGCCUAA